UUCGAGGUGGCACUCGUCAAGCUAAGAAGCAGCUAUGUUUUUAGCAGUCAGUUAAGAACAAGUCAAGAGUUUCAGAUAACAGCGUCUUGACAAAACGUCGAGCUUUAACGCGUUUAUUUAUUUAUUUUUGUUGUGUGCGUAACAUAUUAGUUAGUUGUUUUUUUGUUUUUUAUUUACUGGUCCAGCCCCAGACUCUGGGGUGGAGGCUCUGCUCGGAUUCAGUCUGUACAUUCAGUCCAUUCAAGGAGCCCCUCACGUUUACAAGGAUGUACCUGGUGGGACUGACGGGAGGCAUCGCCUCGGGGAAAAGCACCGUGUCCUCGAUGCUGCGGGAGCUCGGCUGCCCCAUUAUCGAUGCCGACGUCGUGGCCAGGAAAGUCGUGGAGCCGCACACUCCGGCCUAUUCCCGCAUCGUCCACCACUUCGGGCCGGAGAUCCUGCUGGAGAACGGGGAGAUCGACAGGCAGAAACUGGGCCAGAUCAUCUUCGCCGACGCGGAAAAGAGGAAGCUGCUCAACUCCAUCACCCACCCGGAGAUCCACAAGGCGAUGCUGAAACAGAUCCUGUUCUACUUUCUGAGAGGGUACCGCUACGUGGUGCUGGACGUGCCCCUUCUCUUUGAGACCAGACGUCUCACUCAGUUCCUCAACCACACGGUCGUGGUUUACUGUGACCCUGCCACUCAGCUGUUGCGCCUGAUGCAGAGGGACGGCCUGACCCAGGAGCAGGCCGAGCAGCGAGUGGCCGCGCAAAUGCCGCUCAACGAGAAGCGCGGCCUGGCCAACCACGUUAUCGAGAACUCGGGCGGCCGGGAGGACACCCAGCGGCAGGUCCUGAAGCUGCACACGAAGCUGGAGGACUCCAUGGACUUCCUCUUAGUCAGGGUCAUCGCCAUCGCCGCCACCGCCGGACUGGGUGGGAUACUGCUGUACGCCGCCAAGAUGCUUUUAUCCUAACGGAGGGAGAUGUGAAUAGAAUCAGGCGAAGACAGGUCGGAUGUGCUGAUCCAAUUUACACGCGGAGUCGCAGCUCCUAACACUACAGCGCAGGCGUGUGACGAGUAACGGUCGACGUAAACACUGAUUAACUAACUGGGGUUUAGCGUGAACGGCUCCUACGUGCAAUUUCUCUCGGGUUUUAUUCAAAAAACAAAAAAAAACAAAAUGUGAAGCGAGGGGUUCACUUUCUGCACAAGCUCCGUCGUAUUUGCUCGGUUGUAAGAGCGACGCCCUCAGCAGCAGCAGCAGCAGCAGCGAUGCAAGAGCGGGACCUAAAUGCUGGUUAAAUCUUUAUUUCGGGGGUAGCAGUUGACACAUAAUUAAAUUUUACACUUCUGGGAUUGUGUGGGUCAUAAGUAAAUAAAUAAAUUGACAUUAGAAGAGAGCAAAUGGACAAAUAAAUUUUUUUUUUUUAUUUGUAUAGAUGUGCGGAAGCCACCGUUUCACUUUAUUUUUCGUAGUAAUUAAUAAAAGUCAUAGAUGAAAGUGCUAAAUAGGAACGAUCGGACCCUUACGGAAUAUGUAGUGAUUCUACUAUGAAGAUAAGUGACAGAAUGUAUUCGACAAUCCAUUUUUAACGGGGGCGGUAGCAAUUAACAGAUUUCAUAUUUAUCACUGUAUUUUCUUACACUUGAAGCAGUCUUCUGUAAAUACUAAACAAGUCUGUGAUUUGUUUUUGGGUUUUUUUUUGUUCCUUUGCACAACUAAAAACACCUUUGUAACCACAAAUGUAAACGAUCCAGUACCUCGGUUUUAAAAAUAACAGAUAUCAGGUGGUGUCGGUG